AUGUUAACCAAUGAUUGCAGCCGCACCGAUUGCAGUGCCUCCUAUGCACCUGCGUUGGGCGUCGAACAUGAUGAACGGGAUUUGCUGUUUGGAGGACACAAUGGCGUAAAAAGCCAAGAGAUCAUGGCUGCUGUGCCACCAAAGUCUGUUGUGGACAGGAUGGUUGCAGGUUAUUUCCUCGACAGGCCAAUCGUCCCCGUUGUUUUACACGGUCCAACGUUCCUAAUCGAGUAUGAGCGUUUCUGGGAGAACCCACUAGGGACAUCCUUGAUAUGGCACCAUAGCAUUGAAACACUUUUGCUCUACUUGAAUAUUGAACUCCUUCGAAGAGAAGAUGCUCAGACUGAACCGUGGAUGAUGUUUGGAGUGACUGUGCGACUUGCAUACCGCAUGGGUUAUCAUCGGGAUGCGACGCACUUCCCUCAAAUUUCCCCGUUUCAAGGCGAAAUGCGGCGGCGUAUUUGGGCGCUGAUUGUUCAGCUUGAUAUCUUCACUUCAGCCCAAGUGGGCUUACCCCGAAUGACUCGAGAUGACCAAGCAGAUGCAGCUGAACCGCGCAAUCUUCUAGACGAAGACCUGCAUCAGGACAUGCAAGAGUUGCCCCCUUCACGCCCUUCCGCUGUUCAGACAGAAAUUCAAUACACCUUGUUGCAGACCAAACUGGUUUUAGUGUGUGGUCGGGUUUUUGACUGGGUGGGAGCGCUGUCGAGUAAACGGACGAAUUUGUCCUUUGCGGAAGCCGACGUUGCGCGACUAGACAAACAAUUGGAUGACGCAUAUGCGGCAUUGCCAGAGCCCCUUCGCAUGCGUCCAAUGUCAAAGUCAUUGGUAGAUAAUGCGGAAACUAUCCUCCGCCGGAUUUCUCUUUGUCUGCGUUUCCAGGGAGCUAAGUGUCUAUUGCACUAUCAUUUUUCAUCUCUUCUUCCGUCCCUUCUCCAGGGCCAGCACCUCAAUGGCCAUGACACAGGUUCUCACGAAACCACUAUUCGCGCUGCGUUACAAAUCCUUCAAUGCCAGCGGAUUUUAUACGAAGAAACUCAAGUUUCCGGUCGGCUCUAUAAGGAUCGAUGGAGAGUCUCAUCAUUGCUUAAAGACCCUUGCUUGAUGGCUACCGCCGUGCUGUGCUCAGAACUCGAUGGGCCGCAUGGUAGACCUCAGAGCUCACGCGAAGAUGGCGAGCGUAUAAUAGAUACCUCAGAUAACAUUAUUAUGACCAAUCCGGCCCUUCCGACUCAAUCACGGCAGAGUGUGAGAGCCGAGAUUAUUCAAACUUUGCACGAUUGCUGUCUCGUCUGGACUCAUCUCAGCGGGACUUCGUUCGAAGCCUCGAAAGCAGCAGAAGCAGUCCGCACGGUACUAAAUAAAAUGCAAGAUAUGAGUGUCGACUUAUCGCCGACAGUCGAUACGAGAUCAAUUGUGGAUUUUACAAUGAAUAACAGCAUUAUGGUUCCUGGGAACAGUAUUGCUGAAAAUUCUUCCAGAGGUUUUGAUCUUCUAGACCACGGGGCACAGAAUCUAGUAUCGAACAUGCAGCAUGACAGUACCGCCCAUCAGCUUAAUGAAGUGACGAACCACACAGAAAUUGGUCAAAAUGCUCAGAUGGAAUAUAACCCGUUGUCCCCGUCUCAGCUCAAUACGAAAUAUGAUGAAACUGCUGGAUUCAGCGAGCAUGAAAGCUCCGUUGGGCUACAGCCCGCCUUCCCGUCAGUAUGGAGAUAG